UUUUGUUGAAAAAUGAAAAUCACAAAAGAAAAAACAAAACAAUCACACAAAAAUCAAAAAAUGCCCUCUGCAAUAAAUCGAGAAUUUUGGAUUGAAUUUUUUGAAUUAUUUAAACAAUUUCCAGAAAUUUGGAAUGUUAAAAGUGAAAAAUAUAAAAAUCGUUGGCUCAAACAAAAUGCAUUUGCUAGUUUACUAGCAAAAUAUCAAGAAUUAGAUCCAAAUGCAACCGAAGUAAUUUUGAAGAAAAAAAUUAAUAAUCUUCGUAGUUGCUACUGUCGCGAAUUAAAAAAAGUAAACAAUAGUUUAAGAUCUGCUCGUGGAACUGAAGAUAUUUAUAAACCAAGUUUGUGGUAUUAUGAUAAACUUGAUUUUCUCAACGAUCACGAAGAGAAGUACAAUAAUGGCGGCGUCUUGUCGUUGAAAGCUGAACAAAGUUUUGCUGGUUCACAUAACAACACACCAGGUCCUCUAAUGCCUCCAAAUGCCAAACGAAAAAAAGCCGAGCCCAAACUAUACAAGGAUGAGGCUGAGGUCCAUGCAGCCAGUUGGGCAGCUUUCUUCAGAAAAUUGGACUCUAAACAGCAACUUUUUGCAAACAAAACAAUUACAGAGGUACUGUUCCAAGCAUCUAUGGGCAAAUUGAAUGAGCAUUCUCACAGAUUAUUUGAAAUGAAUGUUGUUGAUAUGCAAAACACUUCGGUUACAACAAAUUUCUCAAACUAUCCAGUAUAUCAUCAUAAUUCAUAACGCAAUACAUAAUUAUUAUUAUAUUUUAUUCAUAAAAUCAGAUUUUUCAUUAGCAAUGUAAAUACAUACAAAAAUUUAAUUAUAAAUAAAAAAGAAAUAAAAAAUUA